AUGGCGCUGCACCUCCUGGAGCUCCUGGGCUCCCCUCUUCGGCCCGCCCCCGCCGCCCCCCGUGUCGUCCCCACCUGCUACCUGGCCUUUGGCGGCUGGGGAACCCUGGUGAACCCCACCGGGCUGGCGCUGUGCCCCAAGACCGGGCGCGUCGUGGUGGUGCACGACGGCAAGAGGCGGGUCAAGAUCUUUGAUUCCGGGGGCGGCUGUGCUCACCAGUUUGGAGAGAAGGGCGACGCUGCCCAGGACAUUCGGUACCCGCUGGACGUCACCGUGACCAACGACUGCCACGUGGUUGUCACCGACGCCGGCGACCGCUCCGUCAAAGUGUUUGAUUUUUUUGGUCAGAUCAAGCUCGUCAUUGGAGGCCAGUUCUCCCUGCCGUGGGGCGUGGACACCACCCCCCAGAACAGGGUCGUGGUGACUGAUGCGGAGGCAGGGUCCCUGCACCUCCUGGAAGUGGACUUCCCCGAAGGGGUCCUGCGGGGAGCGGAAAGGUCGCCGGCCCCCCUGCGGAGCCCCCGAGGGGUGGCGGUGUCGCGGCUCACCGGGGCCAUCGCGGUCCUCGAGCGCCCCCUGGCGCCGGGGCUCGGGCCCUGCAGCUCCACGGUGACGGUGCUCAGCGCCGGCCUGCAGCUGCUCGGCCGGGUGGACGGCUUUGGGCUGAGCCUCACCUUCCCCUCCCAAAUAACCGCCUCCGCUGUGACCUUCGAUCACCAGGGGAACGUGAUCGUCGCCGAUACUUCCAGCCAGGCUGUCCUGUGCUUAGGAAAACCUGAGGAGUUUCCAGUACUGAAGCCCAUCGUCACCCAUGGUCUCUCCCACCCUGUGGCGCUGACCUUCACCAAGGAGAAAUCUCUUCUUGUGCUGGACAGCGCAGCCCAUUCUGUAAAAGUCUAUAAGGUUGACUGGGGAUGAUGGGCGUGGGGAUGAGAGAGGCCUGGGGCUUGGCAUCAGAAGCCCUGAAGCUGACACGAGUGAAUUAUUUUAGCCCCAGAUAA